AUGGAACAAUGGCGGGAGCGUGGCUACGUCCCCGACUCGGAUGAAGAGGAUGAGUGGGAGACCCAGGAGCCGAACGAACUCGUCCAGACGGAAACUGAACCAAAGGCGAGGGAUACUUACUUGACUGCAAGUUGUGAAAAGCCUACAAGCGAUGAUAUCAGCGAGAACCGGGGCUACGAUAACCAAAUCGAGUCGCAAGUCGACGCCCUGUCUAGACCGCCGGGUGGGCAAAGUGUGCUGCAACACUCAACGCUGGAAGAACUCGACGAACUAGAUGAUGAUCCGCUGCAAGGCGAUGCUGAUUUGUUUGCCCGACCAACGAAAACGGUAAAGGAUUCACACAGUAGCCGUCCGCAGGGCAGGGUACAUCAAGACCCCCCUUCUUCCCCCGAUGAAUUGCAAUUUGACGAACAUUUGCCUGCCCAAAUCCCCACUACGCCUAUUGUCAAAGCGGUUGCGUCUUUUAAUGAGGAUCUUGGUGUUGCCAGUGACAAUUCGUCGUUCCUUUCGUCGCCUCCAUCAACGAUAGUUUCUCCGUGGUCAACUAAAAGUGCCGAGGUAGAAUGCAGUCGAACUCACCUCGACCGGGAUGGGGUUACUACGAGGGAAGAAGAUAUUACACUUGAAGAAAUACCUGAUAAUCCUCCCCUGAAUAACUUUCUACAGAAUGAGGCCAACGCAUGUGAAGAUGUUAUUCCACUGGACGAAUUGCCGGAAGAUGUUUCAAACCCCUUCGUACAACAUGGCAGGUCGCUCAGACAACGGAAUGCUAUCCAAUUGCAUCCUUAUCUGUUGGAAAAUGCCAAAUAUCAAAGGCUAGUGAAAGCAAGAGGUUUACAACCGGUGCGAGUCAAUAUUGUUGAUCAUGCACCACGAAAAGAAGCUGCUGAAAGUCAAAGCCAACCAUAUCAGGACGAAAAUGUGCCUCCUUCAAGUAGUCCAGAUGAGUCAUUUCAACUCCCACCGUCUUCACCUGGACUAUUGGAACAACCCAAUUCGAGACCUACUCCGUCACCCUUAACGACUUGCCGGCAAGGAAAGACUGUUAAUAAAUAUAAUGACGAGAAAUGGAUAUCAAAGACGGUGCAAAACUCUACAGCUCGACCAGUCAAACGGCGCAAAAUCUCGCAUGAUCAUGAAAAUGACAAAUCUACGACCCAAGAUGUCCCUCAGGAAUCAGUCGUUGUUCUUGUUAAUAAUACCACAACGCCUGCUCAAAGUACGAGCAUUUUUGAUAUACCGCUCUCUCCACCACCUUCUGGCAGUCUCUCAUCCGCCGGAUCGAUUCAGGAAAUCCAAGAUGUGAAUGAAUUUCGUUUCCCUCAUGGUAUGAUGCCCAUUCCAAUGGCUACUCCGGCGACAGAAGCUCGAACAAACACAAAUGCACACCGUGCACUCUUCGCAGAGCUCUUGGCCGAAUCUGAAUCCGAAUCUGAAUCCGACAAUGUUGCUAAACCGACUCAGCGAGUUGACAGUGACUCAAACUCCGACUCGUCAAAAGCAAGCUCUACCGAGCUCAGAAGGAUGAGGCGGAAGAUUAAAGGGGUUUUACCGGCAUCAUGGCUGAGACUGGAUCUCCAAGAACACGAACGGAGAGCUAAAGAUAUCGCUGAGAAGGAGAGGUUGAAAUCUGUUCAUCUUCAACGAGAUAAUGGCAAAGGUGUGGCUCGAAAAAUAUCAAAGACGGAUAGGGAUCGAACAAGGACCAGAAGACAACGCCCCGAGGCCUUUUUAAUAUCUGACGAUUCGUGCUCUGAUAUUCAAACCGCGGAAGCCGCAAGUAUUUCCCACAAAUUACCCAGUGUUAGCAGGGAGACAAAUCCAUCAGAAGGCUUUUUGAUGGGCUUAGGUGAAGAAGACGAUAUUCCCGAAGAUAAUCGGAUUGAUUAUAUGUACCCUUCUGUACCACGUCGCUCUAUAUCAUCUGGUAAACGCAGGCCGCUGGGCUCCACAAACAUCCGGAAGGGAAACCGUGGCUCUACCCAUUUAGUACCCCAAGGCCCCAAAUCGGAUUUAAAGCGACAAUCAAGGAUUACGGACGCAGUGACCAGGCAAAGUCGAACCCGAAUGACGCGUCUUCGGAUACCAAGACUGGGCAUACUAGAUGCGCCCGAUCUUGGAAGCAUAUCGCAGAAGGAUCAGCCCCAAUUUCUACGAAUUGCAGCACGGUGUGCCCGAAAGCGACUUGACCAUGCACGGCAAAGUCCAACUCGAAAAUUCUUUCGAUUAGGCAACAGGGAUGAUACGCAGGAUGUGAAUAACACGCUACGCGAAUGGAAAAAAGGCGCAAUAACGCGGAGAGCUCCUGUCGCUAGACGUGAGAACGCGAACUCAUGCCCUUCCAAUGCUGGAAUUUCAGAUGACUGCCGCCGCACACCUACCCUAGAAAAUAACAAUGAUAUUAAUACGCUUUCCGACACAUCAAUGGGCAACGUAUCACGUGACGAUACGGGAUCCUCCAUAGACAGACGGCCCGAAGGGCAAACGCAAAGAAAUAUUGUGGAUUUGACAGCUCCUCAGAAUGAAGCAGGGCUAACUUCAACUCGGACCCCCCAGAAAGCCCAGGUCAAACAGAGUCGACUGGCACGCCAUGGAUUUGUUGUUUCCUCUUUUAGACGGAAUGUUCCAAGGCCAGUAGGCCUGGAUAAUAGCGCGAAUCUCUCUUUUGAUACUGAAAGGCCCCAAUCUCACUUCCAGAAAACGCUUUUUGCGUUGAAUGAACAUUACAGACGGUCAGAGAGAAGCGAUCGUCUCCCCUUAACAAGAUUCCUUUCCCACUCUGCACGCACUACACCGAAGGUCAUUGAGCGUAUUCAUCCGCCUAUAACCACGACCAGCGACGUCCAAAUUUUGCCCUCCAAAUCAAGACUUCCAAUCAAGAGGCCGCGAAAAAGAAAGCCUUGUCGACUUGACGCUGAAGCGGUCGAGUAUCGCCAACCGUUAGAACAUGACUUGAAUAUAAUUCAGGCAGGUUCUGUGAAGUCCGUCGAGAUAACCGGAUCCCGCCCUCUGAAAGGGUUGCAGACAACAGUGCAGAUUUACACCAUUGAUUUUGACACAUUUCCCCUUCAAACCGGCACUUAUUUCCAUGAAUCGACUUUCGUUGGAAGCGGGGAGUUCCAUCGAUCACUGAACAUAUUAUCUCGGGAUUUCGAUGUCUAUUGCGGCCAAUCAGCAAUAAUUGACGGUGACCAUGUCUACCGAUGGGGCUCAUGGAAUGACAUGCUAUCUUCUCAGCUCGGAGGUGUAUUGGAAAAGAUAGUGGCAGUAUCCUGGACUCCAGGUGCAAGUUAUCGUGAUGUAUGGGUUGACUCUUCUUCUACAUUACAACUCUACAGAUCGGUCAUUCAGUUCAUCAGCAAUAGGCUCAGUUUCGGGGAUCCCGUUGAUAGGAAACUUUUUGUAGAAAGAUGCCUUCCUAUCCUUUCUGGGUUUUUAGACUGGUCUCGGACUUAUAUUCCAGAUGCGCAGAACCUGGAAGAUCUCGAGAAUUACACCCGUCUCGAGAUGCUCAGUUUAGUCCUUGCCAAUCAGAUCCAGCAACUUGCAUCUCACGAAUUAGUUGAUUCCACAAAACGAACCGAAGCGAAUAGUCUAGUACGGGAUUUUGGCAUUCAGAUUUUUCAAACAAUUCUGAGUCCACCUGGCAUUGCUUGCAUUCGGCACUUUCUAGAAGACAACAAACGUUUGCACAAGAGAGAAGCAGGUAUUCGACAGGAAUAUCCGCUUGUCGAAGCGUAUCUAGUGGCUCGGUACAUCCUCUCAAGCCAAAAUCGGUCAGCCAGGCCAACGACUGAUGAACUUAUUUCAAAGGCGCUCUCGUCGUCUAUUAAAAUCGAGAGUCUUGACCAUGUUGUUGAUAUGGAAAGGCUUUGGCAUAGCUUGUUCUCAAUUCUCCCACUUGAUGAGUUCGAUGAUUUGGGGAUUUUUCAUCCCGGAUUACGGUUCAAAGACUGCGAAGGACAUUGGCCCAUUGUCACGCAGUUAAUAUCAAAGGUUUUUGGGUUCUACGAAGCCGAUCGCGAAGCGCAAAAGCCAGCUUUCAACAAAUAUGUAAGAGCGCUGCUCCACCGCUGUUUUCAUUUGAUCAAAGGCUGGGGCUGGAAACAUUGCAAACCCCUGCUAGAAAUGCUGUUCGAUUUCUUCGCGCGAAAUCUAUUUCACAAUCUCACAAACGAGGAUGAAAAUGGGUCACCCUCUUUUCUUGACGAUUUGGACAAGAAUCCGGCACUUGAUGUCGAAUCCAGGGAUACUUGUUUUCAUAUCUUCUUGAAAAUUGUUGGGACUGGUUUAAGUUGCAUCACUUCGCUUCAAGAUUAUAAGAAGACACGGAAUAUCGCUUGGCGAUUGUUACCAAACCAUGGCCGAUUAUAUCCAAAAGAGCAGCCGUUGCGUCAAGACGACCUAGACGCCCUACGCAACCACCAUGAUCUUCUAUGCACUCUCUACUGGGCAGUUCCGGAUGGCUGCCGACCACAACUGAAAACACUACGCUACCUAGUACCUCCAGCAACCUCGCAUAAAGAAGCUUGCAUCAUCAAUAUUCAUGCUUGGUCAAGGUUGGUCAGGUUCAAACUGUCAACAAGCGAGGAUUCUGACCUCGUAGACUUUGCGAUAUGGCAUAGCGACUUUACUACUGAAUUGUUAAAGCAACAUUCGCUUGCAAGAACAGAAUUAGAGCAUGCCGCUAUUUCAGCGUCCACGUUUGCUCGCCAGUCAGUCGAAAGUGCAAUCGGAAAGAAUCAGAGGCAAAUAGAAUCCCUCCUAAACAGUGCUUUGACCGGCAUGAAGCAGGCACUAAACACGGCUAAAAGUAUGUCGCGAACUAUGAUACUAAUGGAAAGGUUGCCUGUUGAAAAGCUCUUAGGCUUAUUCAAUCCGUCGAUCAAACGCCUGAAUGGUGUUGUGUGUCAGACUUUGGAGCUGCUAUAUACCUAUUCGACUAUGGAAAUGGUACAGACUCAGAAGCCUCAGGCAUCAAUCGAGCCCAGCGAAGACAGUCAAGAAUAUGGUGAUUGGGUGGGAUUCGAAGAAGUCUACGACCAGCAGAUGGACAUUACAGACCCUGCCAUCCUUUACAUAGACAGCAGCGUUCGGCCAGCACUCUUCCAAUUUAUAUCCCGGGUGUUUGGAGAAGAUCUGGCACCCGACGACACUGUGCUUGUGAAAGCAAUCGAUACCUGGAUAGGAGUUUCAGCCACCCUUGUCAAGCAUCGAUUACGACAGUGGACUAGUUACCUCAGUCUCUACGAUGGAGAUUCCUGGGCAUCUCUACGGACCACGGACCAAACAAGGAGGUUUAUGCCAUAUUUCCUUGCGAAACUCGUCAGCACGGAUCCGGGCACCCUGGCCGAUUGCAGAUCUCGAAUACUCAACUACUGGGUCGAAUCGUUAGCGGAAAGGGGCUCGAUGCUGAAGUUUCAACAUGAGUUAACUACAGCUAUCCUCAAUAACUGUCGCGAAGAUCCUCUCUUUGACAAUUUGCCAUUCUCAGUAGAUCGAAUGAGCGGCGUUUACGAGAUAUUUCUGGAGGACUUUUGUCAGAGAAGGGUAUCGCUUCUCUCAUGCCUUCUUUCGAACAUGCGGGAACAUUUGGCCCGACUUGAAGAGCGAAAUCACUCCGACAUGCGCAUAACUACCGAAUACUGUGAAAUGAUCAAAACUCUAAUGGCGACAAUGCGGCGAAACUACGAAGAGUUAGGGAGCCCAAACACCCCUGUUCAUGGUUCAUACGUGGACUUCGUUCACCGUGCAGUUGGGUUCUUACAGCAGCACUCUCAAAACAUAUGCCCGAUCGAUGAGUUCUUCAUGGACCCAAGAUCGUUUCCACUUCCUGCAUCAGACCCUACUUAUGUGGUUGCCAAAAUGAAGAGUUACGGAGUUCGGCUGUCUGUUGCGAAAAUCGCCAAACAGCUUGUUAUGUUUGUUCAAAAUGUGUCGGAACGGGCAGCGGUGGAUGGACAUCAGGCUUAUUUGGUGGAUCAGUUUUACAAGGCGAUGGAUCACACCUACUGCGAGAAGGACUAUCGACAGCCAUAUCUCCGUGCAUUCUUGUUGAACUGCGUGCUACCCGCCUACGUGGAGAACGCUUUUAGCAAUCCAGUUGGGUGGAUUUUAGUCCGGCCGCUAUUGCAGUCAACCACUCGCAUUUUCGCGGAUCUAUUGCUGGAUGUGGACACCGCCAACAGCGAUUGUGCCUCCCUUGUCAUGGAUUCAAUACUCGUCUACUUCGACUCUGUGGAGCGUGCUCUCCAGCUCUUGACUGAUCACCCGGGUUUGCUCGAAGAAGCAUCGGUCCUGCUCACUCUCACGUCGUUCCUAGAAACAAUUCUCGCGUCGCUGCCACUCGUUGACUAUCUCUACCAGAUUUCAGAUCAAGCAGCACGAUUCAUCAAAAUGAUUCUGCACAAAGGAUCAUGGUCUAGAAGGGCAACGAGUAUAUCGACACCUGUGCUUCUGAUUGCUGGUACUGGAUGCUUCACGGCGUAUACGAUAACCGAAAAGAGACCAUGA